UGUGCGAUGGCGAAGGCCGUAGUUCUGUUAGUGCUUGCUGCUUGCAGCGUAGUUCGAGGAGACCCGUUCUUCGGCAACAAUUACAUACUUCCUCAAGGGGCAGCUCUAGCACGAUACGCAUCGGAAGUCGUCACGAAUCUCAACAAUGCUCGCAAUUCACUGUCCUCGUACGUGCGGUAUCCUCCGACGGCUUCACCAAGUUUGAAUCAAGGUGCCAUCGCGCUUCGGGAUUAUGUUGGAAACGUUAGUUUGUUGGCUGGGAAUGUGUAUGCGGAAGUUUCCAGAGCAGCAACAGAUCGUACCACGGCUCCGGUGGUCGUCUUUUCGAAGAUCAGUAUGCGGUGCAACAAUCUCCAGCCAUUGCUGCAAAACGGAUCGCUUUACGCUGAGUCCUUGGCAGCGAACUUCGAUACAGAAGCAGACAACAGCACAUCUACCUACUUCGCCGCGUGGCAUGAGAAUUUGAUAUCGGAGAGUCUCGCUCUACAGAAGCUUCUGCUGAACGUUAGUCAAGUGAUCGAUUCCGUGGCAGGACAAGGCCUCAACACUCAACAGUUCAUAGCAGCACUGUCAGUCGACGGUUUACUCCAAGAUCUGGUAGACGCAGUUCAACGAUCUGCUGCAUCUUCCGGACAUCUGUCAUCCACUGUCAGUAGCUUGGUGGGUGCCAUAAACACAGCCAACAGUUUCCGAUCGACAGCAAACUCCAGAAUUCAGAGCAGUCGACAAUCCGCAGUCUCAACAGUCAACAAUUACAUCACCUCUUCGAACGCUUCGUUCAACUCGAUCCUCGUCGCUACCGACGCGCUCUUUAACCACCUGAAAACAGUCAACGACUCCUUCGUGUUCCGCUGGCCAGCUCUUCUGAGUGACCGCGUCGAACAGAAGCUUGAUCUGCUGAACCGCUCAAUCGAGAGCCUGAUCGUGAAUCUACACUUCCGCCGAAACAUCGUUGAAAUGCACUACCUGGUGACGCGUGCGGUGUUUGCCACCGAGAACGAACCCCAAACGUACUUGGAAAACGAAUCGGAACAGCUCACCCGCCGGUUGGUGAACGUGAUACAACCGGACGGAUGUGCCGCCAACUUCCGCACGCAGUUCUGGACGCUUCCGGGUACGGUGCAGUCGCAGCUUGCGCAGUGCGUCAACAGCCAGCUGGGAUUGGAGCGUCAGGGAGCCAGCCAGGUGCAGUCGAUAGCGAGCAAUUUCCUGCGCGGCUAUGUCACCGCCGUCUACGAUAGUUUGGAGAUUUGCUACAGCCACCCGUUCGAGAAGAUGAACGACUGCUUGGAUGAGAUCGUGGAAACCAUAGACUUUGGAGGAAAGUUCUUUCUUUUGGAUACGGUGACGUUCUACCUGUUCGAACAGGUGCAAUCGGAGCUGAUCAACUGCAACUCGCGACUGGUGAAAUACGUUCAAAAUGUAGGACUGCGAGCCAACUGUCAAUAGUACAUGUUUAUUAAAUAACAACAACAGCGAAAUAAUAACAGAAAUAUACGGUAACGGUGUGGUUCCACACACUUCUGAUUCA